AGUUUUACCAGUAGCGCUGCGAAUAACGGUUAGCAGAGGAACUAUUCUGAGUUUGUUUCUUUCCAGAUGUUCUUAUAGAUUAUCGAUAAAAACGGAUUGAUAAUCCAACACAAUCAUAUUAUUGCGUUUCUCCUAAUAUGCGUGUUUAAUUUUUGCAAAGAUGUUUCAGAGAUUUAGUAGGGCAUUGCAUAAUGCUGUUGAAACGAUGUCUUCAUCUCCAAAACCCACAACUGUUCAAGAAUUUAUCAAAAGUAUGAGGCAGAUAAAUUCAUACUACGUAUCUACUCAAGUUCACAAAGUUUCCAUAGAACAAACUCAUAUUCCAUCAUGCUUGGAUCGCAUGCUUUCUCUUCUUUUAGAAGAGGAUGGGGGCGAUUCAUCAACAGGGCCUUGUUUGGAAUAUUUACUGCAAGAUAAAGUUCUGCUUACACUGUCUACUCUUGGGAAAACUGAUGUUCCCCCUGGUAUGAAACAAGCAGUGCUACAGUUUUGCACAAAACUUUUGCAAAAGCAUAAACAUCAAUUGCUGCCCCAAGUUAAUGUUUAUCAUCCUAUCAACAAGUUAAUAAUAUUAUGCGGAGAAACAUUAGCGGCACCUACUGAGACUGACGAAGUGGCCUUCCUAUCAACAGUUUGCUCAAAGUUUAUGUUAUUCCCGAAUCUGGCUCCUUUGUUUAUUCAAGGAUCUUACACUCUUUGCUCAAACGUCAAUGGAACUGAAAGUGAAUCGUCUAAUGAUAAUUUUGAAAAUCAGGUGUCCUUUCCACUUGUUGACUCACUACUGCUGUUACUUCAGAGCCCGGAUUCUCGUGUUGUUGUAAAAGCGUGCGAAGGAUUAUUCUUAAUUUCCAGCGUAGCACACAUAUCUUGCACAAAGGCUUUAAUAAAGCAUACAAAAUUCUGUGAAACUCUGACUCAUCUACUUGUUACACAGUAUAAUAAAAUACCAGAUAUACUUGAUCCUGCUGAUGUCGAGCAUAUUUAUGUAGCUUGGGGAUUGCGUGGAUCACAAGCCAACGAACAUCACUUCAAGGGUAAACAAGUGCUAGUAGAUUUUCUCUCUUGGUUAGAUUACGCUGACCGUCUGAUUGCCUCUGCUCAGCCAUCUGUUGCUCAAGCUUUAGCCUCAGCUAUUAGCUCAAUUUUUUUCAAGGGAACUUUUCUUCCAGCAUUUUUGCAAGCUUGUGAACAGAAAGCUAUAACAGCUACGUGUCUGCUGAUUAGAUGUAAUCAUGUUUGCGACGAGCUUACUAUAAUAACUCUUAAAGUUUUUGAGACUUUAAUCAUGAAGUGUUCUGACACUGUGCUUGAUAUUUUGAUACUUGACUGCCUCAAACAAAGACUUUAUGUGAUUCCGCCAGCUGUUAAAAUUAAUGGAGAAACUGAAAAAUACAGUAGCAUCGAUGAAGCUGAAGAGGAUAAAGAAAGCAGUGAAGAACUAGAGAAGGCAACUUCUCAUUUAGUUAUUGAAGAUGAAGACGACGAUGACGAUCGAUUUUCGCUGCAUAACACAGUUUGCAGCUAUCUAAAUCUAAUACCGGAAGAACUUCAAAGUUCUAUUGCUAAUUCUGAUUGUGCUUUUGAUGCGUAUAUCCAAGAUGCUCAAACACAGUGUUUAGCCAAACCAUGGCCGAAAACUCCUCAGGAUGUCGACAUUGUUAAUUCAAUAGAGAGAGGUUAUAAAGAAUCUGAUUUCCUACAAGUUUUGUUAGAUAAACUAAGUAGGACUUUGACACAGAGUUAUGCGGUUAAUUUACAAGUUACUUUGGUUGCAUCGAGAUUGGGUCUUAUUCCCCAUGUUCUGAUUGACGAACUGCUAAUUUCUUCUUUGACAAAUCUGACAAUCGGCGCCAGAUCUUAUUAUACAGUGCUAAAAAAGAUAAUAGAAGAUGUGAAAGUACGCUGCCCCCCUGACUUCUGUAAAACACUUGAAAAAACAAGAUCGGACUUAAUGGGGACUCAAAACACUCCCUUGAAAAACGGACCGAAUAAUCAACUUGCUCUAACUAUUAUUUUAUUAGAAGAGUUUUGCAAGGAAUUAUCUGCAAUUGCCUUCGUUAAACAAAAUGCAAGAGAUCUGGAAUGUUAUGCUUAA